AUGCGCGAUAGAGCAACUGAGAAGGAUGUUGGCCUUUUGCUUAUUGAUACCGGUGAUUUGCACGACGGCAAUGGCCUCAGCGACUCGACCAAGCCCAACGGCGAGACCACGAACCCUAUCUUCGAAAACAUCGACUAG